UCAAACUUCUAGAUCUAUUUUGUGUCCCAUGCAGCCAAACAGCUGACCUCCAGUCAGUGAGCAAUGACCUAUCAGUCCAACCCCCCCACACACUCACAGCUUCUAUUUAUAUUCAUCCUUGUUUCACUCAAGGACUAUUUUCUCCUCUGGUGACACCGUGGUGCUACGCGUUUCCUCUUCCCCCCUUCUUCAUUUCCGUCCUCCUUCCUUACACAACUCCGGUUGCGAGGCCUAAUGGAGACGUUGGAAUGCUGGAUAUACUCGAUUCCUUCAUCCUUGCUGUUUGUACAUUUAUAUCUAACCUCCUCCAUGCAUUGAGGACAAUAUUACAGUUUGAGCCCGCUGGUUUUGCAACACAAAUCCCUGAUUUCAUGGAGGAGUUGAGCCCAAGACAACAGGCUGUCAAGCACCUGAAGGAAAAGUUUCUGCAGGCCUUGCAGGCCAACAAUGCAGACGCGGCCCUGCAGAUUCUGCACACUGGUAAACUAGAUAUUGACGCUGUUUUGGAGGUGGAUGACCCCAACAUGGUCCUGGCCUCGUAUAAACAAGGGUAUUGGCUACCAGGUCACAAACUGGAGAAGUCCUGGGCGAUGGCUAUCCAUGUAUGCGUCAUGUACAAUGCUUUGGAAACAGCGCUGGUGCUGCUUCAGAAAGGCGCUGCUAUCAACAGGAUGCCAAAUGGGAAGACGCCGCUGCACGUGGCCUGUGAGGUGGCCAACAGUGACUUCGUAGGCCUCCUCUUGGCUCAUGGAGCAAAGGUCAACAGCGUGUCUCUGAGUGGACACACGCCGCUACACCACUGCAUCACCAGUGAGUCUGUGGACUGUGCCAAACAGCUCUUCCUCAAAGGUGCAAAGGUCAACACGGCCAGCCACAACAACGAUGAAGACACGCCCUUGCACAAGGUUGCCCGGUUCGGUGUCCCAGAGCUGACUGCUUUGUUUUUGGCCCACGGAGCAUCUGUGAAUGCCGUCAACUCUUUUCAGGAGACACCUUUGAUGACCGCAGUCUUCUGGUCUUUUGACUCUAAAGAGCAGACGUACAGCCAAGAUCACCAUUUGGUUUGUCGACUCCUGCUGGACCACCGUGCUGAUCCUAACCUGAUGGAAGAGGACCAUAAAACGGCCCUCCACAAGGCAGCCUGGAACUGCGAUCAUGUCCUGAUGCAGAUGCUGCUGGAGGCCGGGGCCGAUGCGCGAGCCAUGGACAUGAACGGCUGCGGCCCCAUUCAGUAUCUCAUCAAGGUGACGGACGUCAGGCCGAUGGCCUUGCCCGAGCUCUGCUAUCAGCUGCUGCUCAACCACGGCGCAGCAAGAAUCUACCCACCGCAGUUCCACAAGGUUCUGCAGUCGUGCCAUGACUUUCCCAGAGUUGUGGAGAUAAUAGUCAACUCUUAUGAACGUUUAAAGCCCACAAAGAAGUGGAGAGCUGCUCUUCCAGAUGAGUGCUACAAGCGACAUAAAAACUUCUAUGAGUCACUGUUCGCCGUUUGCUCCAACACGCCUCGCAGCCUGCUUCACCUCACCAGAUGUGCCAUCAGAGUGGGCCUGCGUGGGUUCUGUCACAGAGGAGUGGCGCAGCUGCCGCUGCCACCUCCCAUGAAGAAGUAUGUGUUAUUAGAACCCGAGGGGGUUCUUUACUGAUGAAGAAACGUUUGUUCUGGAGGUCCCGUUUAGCCACGGAGCUUCACUCAAAUGCCGGACUGAGGAAAAGGACGAAGGAUGUCGCCUGCCAGAGAUCGAGGAAGCUUUUGGCUGCAUCAUGAGAGAUCAGUUUCAUAGUGAUCCACUGCAGGAAAAACACACAACCUCCUGCUGGUGCAGAACCCUCAUCACAUGCUUUAUUAAACAACUCUAAAACAGAAAAAAAGCUGGGUUGAUAGAAAAUGCAAAAAACAAAAAAGCUGUGUUUCUUACAUGUACUUUGAUUUUUUUUACUUCCAGGGUGUGAGCCAUAGCCGGUCACCCGUCCAAUCAUCCGUCUCCAAUCACUCAGACUGCACUGUAUCAAGACAUACUAUUUAUCAAUAGCUGAUAUAACCACAUGGAUAAGGUUCAUGCGGUUGUAUCCAAAACAAGCUCUGAUCAAGGUCCUUGUUGACAGGUGGUGUUGAAAUCUUUGUUGUGGUCAUGUGAAUGGUUACUCCAGAUCUUUUUUUGACAGAAAUUUCCCUGGUCUGCUAUUGACUGAGGAUGAAAGAGAUCGUGCAAACUGUUAUCAGGCACAGCUCCAAAAGGGCAGCGUCUGUGACGGCAUGGGGUUGUACCAGCGCACUUGGCAAAGGUUGUCUAUGCUUCUGUUGUGGCAGAAUUAAUGCAGAGUAAAUGUCCUGACUUAACCUAUCCAGGGAUGUCCAUGCAAGACAACAUCCUACCAAGGCAUGGCCUGCCUGCACCCCUGACCUUUGCCCCUGUACAGAAUGUGUGGGGUAUUUUUACACAGAAAAAUGUGACGGUGCUGGUGCAUUCCUUAAGUCUGUUUGCAGAAGGAGUGGGAUAAAAUAACUGGAACGCUUCACAACUUAAUCUCUACUCCAGAACGCCCUGGAAGUGGGAUGAGAAGGGAUUACACGAACAAAAAAAACCCAUAUCUAUCUUUUGUUCCCUUCCUUUGAUCUGGUGCAGGCCUGAAAGCAAAAAUAAAUAGAUAAUAAAUAUGAACACUAAAAUACAUGCAGUUACUAGGUAAUGAUAAUAAUGAAUAUAGUCACCAUCACUGCAUUUUUAUUUUCCAUAUCAUCCCAGUUUUUCUGAUUUGGGGCUAUGGCAGCAUCCCUAAAUGUUACUGAGAGAUUUUAUUCGUGUCAUUUGAACAUUUUGGAGCUCAUUAUUGAUCAGUGAACCAUUAAACUACACAUGUGAAAGUUUGAAGAGACAGGAGAGCAGGUAUUUUCCUCACCUUCCAGUACUUACGGGACUAUUUCACCCCUAAAAGGGCCUUUUGGUUCUGGUUAUUUUCCAACUUUGAAGUGUUGACCAACCCUUCUGGCUAGGACACUGCUGCCUCAUGCUGAAGAGGAUCCAGCUCUACCUGGCAACCGGCCUUAAUGCUCACUCCCCAACUCGUGAUAUUCCUAUUUCUGCAGAACACACACACUUGACCACCCACUCCACAAUAAGUGCUUGUUUUCCGGUGGACUGUGCUUAGCUGUGCACAUGGCCCACUUCCUUCAAGUCUCCGAGAACAGAGGUUACUCUGUAAAAAAAAAGAAAAAGAUCGUAAUGUUCUUGUCAAACUCCAUCAGAAUGUCCACUUCAAAGCCCAAAUUAGUAAGAAUUACUUUUUGUCCUCUCUAUUCAGACAGUCAUGGGCACGUGGAAAGAACCAGGCAGAGUAAAGAGGACUUGUUUUUUUUAAUGCACGUUGUGAAGUUGUGCAAAUGAAUAAGAUUGAACUGAUGAAGUUAUGGGAAUAGUCAUGUGAGUAAUGUGCUGUUCCCUCGAAAUUAGAUUAAAUAUCUCUUCAGGUGUUCAGGAAGCUCACAUGAAAUAUUACAGCAGAUUAAAGAGAAUUCCCGACUAUUUAUCCAUGUCUUUCUUGUAUACAACCAAGAUGACAAUGUUUGUACUUGUUCAGCUGUCAGUGUUGGUAGUAUUUGCCUGCAUGGGGGCGUCCGCUGCAGAGAAAGGGCUUUGCAGUGCUGAUCCACAGCGGACAGGCAGGGGCUUGUAAGUUGUACUCACUGUUCACCUCCAGGUCAAAGUUCAGCUUCGUAACCUCAAGAUACCUCAGUUUUCCUCUCACCUCUUUCCCUUCUUGCUUGUCCAUGUAAUCCUGUGCGAAGCAUGUUCCCUGUCCCUUAAACGCAGGUUUAUAACGAUACACUGGUACAUAGGUGCAUAUUGUUAACAUGUGGAUUAAAUAAAAAUAAUAUCUAUGUAUACUUAAACAUACACAUAAAUACAUACAUAUAUAUAGAGAUAUACAUGCAUACAUCAGGGAUCAUACACAUUUUAACCAACACAUUUCCAUGACUUUCCCAUGACUUGGCAGCAAGUUUCCAUGACUAUACAUGACCCUCUAAAACAUCAAUGUAUGAAUGAAAUAUAGUAAUAAAACUAUGUAAAAAGUCACCACAGUGGAGAUCUAAUGACAAUUAUGGUUUUAUACAAAAUAAACAUUUGUUUAAACACUGAUAUACCAGCAAUAUGUUGUAGUAUAUGUUGUAUAUGUAUAGUAAUCUAAUAUAACUGUAAUAACUGUAAUAAUAACCGAUCUGCAUGAUGCGCAAGAUGCUAGGCACGUCACGCAUGAGAACGCGCAAGACUUUUCUAUCCGAAAUAUUUAUUGAUCAAUUUUAAAUCUACCUUAUAGGCUGUUAUUACUAAAUGUUAUCAUUAGGUGAGAAAAAUAAAUUCUGUGACUUUUCCAAAACCUUUGGGGUGAACUUAUGUUUCCAAAACUUUUCCAGGCCUUAAAAAUGCCAUUUUCAAAUUCCAUGACUUUUCCAGGUUUUUUCAAAACGUAUGAACCCUGAUACAUACAGUAUACACACAUAUAUAGCUACAUCCUUGUCACAUUAGACCGUACCAGAUCCCCCUCGGCAGUGGCACCAGCUGUACCCCUCCAACGGGAGAGGAUCGGCCCGUGAGGGACCUGCGGCACCACUGCCAACCAGGGACAAGGGUGAGGCUGCCCCACCCCCAGGACUCCCCCAGCCCACCACAUCCCCACCCACAGCAACAGCACCGCCAAGAGCAACCAACCCAGCAAACCCCCAUCCCACCCAGCCUGGCAGCACCACCACUUCCGCUGCCAGUCAGACAAAGGAGGAAGACGGCAGAGAAGAGAGGGAGGGAAAACAAUAAGGGCCAGGACAGCCACCCCCUGCACACAGACCAGCUGAGGCAGCAAGACGGGGUUUAUAGUAUGUCUCAUCAUUAUGUCCUUACCCUUGAUCAUGGGUCAUUCACACAGACAGGUGUGUCUGCCAUUUAACUCGGACUUUAACCCGUACAUCUCAGAUCCAGGAUGAGCUGGCUCAAACAACUCUAGGGGGUUUCCAGUCUCGCUUUCCAGACAAGUUUAAGUAAACAUGUCUCAGCCUAUUAAGAAAACGCACAAUGUCAACAACAAACUCACGCUGUUGAUUCAUAGUACCUGAGUGGAUCCAAAAUUUGCAACUCAAUACAGAGAAGAAGAAAUGUUGAUUAUGACAAAUUUAAAACCGAUACGCAGAAUAGCUUAGCACUGCUCUGAAGAGCCAUUCGUGAAUCUGUUUUGUUGCUCAGCACGUGUACCAGACGUGUCCUGGUCCAGGGAACAUUGUCCGAAUGGCUCAAAGGCCGGUCUUAAAAUAAACCAGUCGGGGUUGAACACAUGCUCUUGCAAAAAAAAAAGAAAAACUCCCACUUUUAUACAUGUCACACCUUUUACUUUUAGGUAUAGUUUGUUGAAAAACGACAUUUGUGCUGCUGCCAUGCUGAUAACGUUUGAAUAAUCUGUAAAGCUGAGUUUGGGAAAAACAACAAAACCGGAGCAGAACUCAGCGCCGGCAGCGACACGCUAAUGAAGCUGCACAACAAAGCAGGACGGCCUGUUCUCGACCCCAACGGGGAGCUGGCCAUGAAAAGCCACUGGACUGUGUCUGAUACGGUGGCUUACCA